AGUGGACCUGUACAGGGAUCCUUUUCUGUCUUCCUACAUGGUGCAUGGUGCAUGCUGAUCUGUGGGAUGGAGGCCAAGUCUAGGUGUGCAUAGAGUUGAUAUGGUUUUCUGAGAAGUUUCUUGUGCCCACAUGCUAGCAGAGGCAUCCCUAAGUAGGUGGUCUAGGCCAGCCCAUCCAGGUCACACUGCCCCUUUCGUGGUUCAGAGCUGCCCCCUCUAAAUAUAGUCCAGGGAAAGUGAGCUCAGGCCUAUUUUAAGACCAGGCUGGGAGACAGCCAGACCUCUCCCAGAAUCUGAAAGGAGCCACUGCUGCCUUUGUCAAGUUCUGCCACUGGGCACUCUCAUUGGGCCCUGACUACCUACCAACUGCCAUGCCUGAGGAGACCCAAGAAGACACUGUGCUGCCAAUGCAGAACCAGAGGAACAGGGGAACACUGGCUCCUAACCACGUGCAGGAGGUGCGUCUGCACCGAGUGGAGUCCAUUAGUGACCUACACAGCGGAGGCUCGCUACGGCCUGGUCUGGCUGAAGAGGCACAGGCAUGGGAGGAGCUUCUGGGUGUCUUCCCACCAUCACUGUGCACACAAGCUGGCUGCAGUCCAGUGUGUGGCCGUGGGGGGUUCCUUCUGCUGUUGGCACUGCUGGUGUUCACCUGCCUGGCACUGGCCAUUGUGGCUGUCUACCUAAGUGUGCUGCAGAGUGAAUCCCUGAGGGCGUUGGCUCACAUGCUGCGCACACAAGAGGAGACUCUGCUCAAGUUGCGUCUGGCUAGCCUCAGCCAACUAAGAAGGCUCAACUCCAGUGAGGCUCGGGCACCCAGCUGAGAUGCCAUCUGUAUGUGAGACUGUGAGGGGGCGAAAGGGACUUUUUGGCAGGUCUCUGUUCUCCCACUGAUGGCCUCACCUACACUAUUCCUUGGUGAGAUCCCUGUACAAGCCUGACGUAACUCCACAGCUGCCUGUCUCUCUUGACCUCUUCAGGCCAGGCCCAACCAAGCCUUCUGGUGCCAAGGCCCUGCUUUGGAGCCAAAGGUCAGAGGAUGGGGCACCAGUCCUUUCCUGGCACCUCCUGUCAGCACCCUCUGGCCACCCCCAGAUAGGAGGUUCAGACGUCUAGAAAUAGCUGUCCUGGCUAAGCCACCCACUCUGCCAGGCCUCCUAGCGGGGGGUCCAGUCUCAGCUCUCAGACAAGCUAGGAUGGACUGGGGAACUACGUGUCCUGCCAUGGAGGACAAAGGUGAAGUAGAGAUCUAACCUGGGGUGGGAGAUGGGAGGGAGGGCAGGCAAGAGACUCAGGAUAAAGGCCACAGGGGCGAAGUAUCGUUUAAUUCUCUCUCUCUUAUUUUUAAUAAAUCAGCACACACAUCCAUUCUAGGCAGCUUUGCCAUGGUGGCCAGGUGCCAGACCCCCAAAGGAAGCAGCCCCACGGGGCAAGGUCUAAAAAAACCAAAGGGACGGUCCUUUCUCACCACCCGCCCGCCCGCCCAUCACCUCCAGGACCGGCACACAUUUGGUUUCACCUGAGACACGACAGGAAGAGGCCACAGCCACAGGGCCGAGUGCACACUCACAGGGCUUGAGUCUAAGUGCCCUGAUCCCUUGACCCUCCCCAUUUGUCUAUUUUUGGUUU